GGGAGUUACUGUUAGACGGUAUAUGAAAAUAUCUUUGUAAGGCCUGGCAGACCUCUCCAGCAGCAGACUAUGAGCUGUCUUCAGGGGAAAAUGGCUCUGACGAUAAACAAAGCUGGAGGUGAAACUUCUGGAGAAGAAGGACCUCAGCACCACUUUGACUGCCCCCAAAUGAGGAUUGUCCUGCUGGGCAAAACAGGAGUGGGGAAAAGCGCAGUUGGCAACACCAUCCUGGGCAGGAAACAGUUUGAAUCUGCACUCAGAAGUGCUUCAGUCACCAGUCAGUGUCAAAAGGAAGAUGCCAUAGUAUGUGACAGACCCAUUGCUGUUAUCGAUACCCCAGGCCUGUUUGACACUGAGCAGCCCAACAACGAAAUCCAGAAAGAGAUAGUGAAAUGUAUCCAGGUCUCCUGCCCAGGGCCACAUGCUUUCCUGUUGGUGAUGCAGCUCAACAGAUUCACUAAUGAGGAGAAGAGGUGUGUUGAAGCUCUGCAGGAGAUCUUUGGCGAAGAAGCAAACAAAUUCAUGAUCAUCCUGUUCACCCGUGGAGAUGACCUACAAAACCAGACCAUUCAUGAAUUUAUCAGGCAUGCCAACCCACACCUGAAGGAGGUGAUCAAGAAAUGUGGGGGCAGAUACUAUGUCUUUAACAACAAGACAAUGUCUAAUAGGGACCAAGUGAAAGAACUGCUGGACAUGAUUGACAAGAUGAUGGCCCUGAAUGGAGACAACUUUUACACCCAGGAGAUGUACAAGGAGGCAGAGGCAAAGAUCAGAGAGAAGGAGGAGGAGAUCAAGGAAGCAGCCAUAGAGAAGAAAAGACUCCAUCGAGAAAAACUAGAGAAAGAGCGAUUAGAGAGAGCAGAAAAACUUGCAGUAGAGCUGAGAGAAGCACUGGACCAGGAGAUUGAAAAGAGGUUAUCUGUAAUCAGGAUGGAAUACGAGCAGGAGCUGAAGGAAGCUAGAAGAAAGGCAGAGGAGUCUGAUCUCAAAUUGAGUUUCUCACAAAAACUCAAGAUGAAAGUUUCAAAUGCUUUCAGGAUUGUAAAGAAAAAAAGUUACUGA